AAAUUUUAGGGGUGGUUUUUACAAUGUUGAUUUGUUUGUUCCUCUUCUCCUCAAUCUCGCUUCGUGGCAGAUCUCUCUCUCUCUCUCUGGUUAUAGCUGAUCAAGACCCUUCUCUCUUCUCUUCCUGGGCGACGCUACCAGAAAUGUAUAAUAAUGUAGGAGCCCAGCCUGGGGGCCUGAGACCACCGGCAAACCCACAGACAAGUCCAUUUGGGAAUGCAUUCUAUGGAGCUGGUUCUGGUCUUAUUCGAGGUGGACUUGGUGCAUAUGGAGAGAAAAUUUUAGGGUCGAGCUCAGAGUAUGUGCAAAGCAAUAUAAGUAGGUACUUCUCGGAUCCUCAAUACUAUUUCCAAGUGAAUGAUCAAUACGUGCGAAACAAAUUGAAAGUUGUUCUAUUUCCGUUCCUCCACAGGGGGCAUUGGACAAGGAUAACUGAGCCAGUGGGUGGCAGAUUGUCCUACAAACCCCCAAUUUAUGACAUUAAUGCUCCGGAUUUGUACAUCCCAUUCAUGGCCUUUGGCACUUACGUGGUUCUUGCUGGCUUAUCGUUGGGUCUUCAUGGGAAGUUUAGCCCGGAAGCUCUGAACUGGCUGUUUGUCAAGGGAUUGGUUGGUUGGGCUUUGCAAGUUUCGCUGCUGAAAGUAUCAUUGCUUUCAUUGGGUAGUGGAGAGGCACCAUUGCUGGACAUUGUGGCUUAUGCAGGAUAUACUUUCACAGGGAUGUGUUUGGCAGUUCUUGGAAGGAUCAUUUGGAGUUAUUCGUAUUAUUUUAUGGUUCCAUGGACCUGCUUAUGCAUGGGGAUCUUCUUGGUGAAAACAAUGAAACGAGUUCUUUUUGCAGAAGUGAGGAGUUAUGAUUCCAGCAAGCAUCACUAUCUCUUGCUCUUCAUUGCUUUGGCUCAGUUCCCUCUUUUCAUAUGGCUUGGCAACAUUAGUGUCCACUGGCUUUUCUAGCUUUUUCACUCUCUAUACUGUAGUUGUAACAAUUCAUGUUCCUAACACUCACUUUUUAAAGGCAAUUUGGCCAUUUUGGUUAUUUCCAGCUGGUUGAUUUUGAUAUCUUUUUUAAUCAUAAUCCUUUAAAUGUC